UUGUCAAAAACAUGCAAUUCCGAUUUCUGAUGUAAUAUUUUAAGGCCAAGUUCGUCGUCGCAACCGAAGUGAAUUGAAUUUUUGUUCCGGAUUUUUCUCACAUAAAACUGGACAUUUUGGCCUCACAAUCAACAUGAACCAGCUAGCGUGUAGAAUCGGGCGAGUAAUUCCAAAGAGCUUUAUCCGCAAUGUGAGAACGGUGUCCAGUUUGGCGGUGAAACAAGAGCCGACUUUUGCCGGAGUAGCGCGCCGGAGGAUUGUUGGCCAGCUUGCUGGACCGGCGGCGAGGAAUGGCGUGACGCUGGAGGCGCGAACGUUGUCACAGUUUGCCAUCGGUAGCCGGUCCUUUUGCAGCAAGCGCGAUCCGGAGGAGGACGAGAGCACGUUGGAUCCGGAACCGGUUCCGUUUACAAAUCAGCUGCCGGCGACUGUUGCCAUUCCGGAGGUUUGGCCCCACCUGCCGGUGAUUGCGGCCAAGCGCAAUCCGGUGUUUCCGCGGUUUAUGAAGAUUUUGGAGGUGACGAAUCCGAUGCUGAUAGAUCUGAUCCGGCGGAAGGUGAAACUGAACCAACCGUACGCGGGAAUUUUCCUCAAGAAGGACGAUGACAAUCCCAGCGAAGUGAUGAACGAUCUGAGUGAAAUCUACAACGUCGGAACGUUUGCGCAGAUUCAGGAAAUGCAGGAUUUGGGCGACAAGUUGCGCCUCGUGGUGACCGCUCACCGGCGGAUCAAGAUCACAGGGCAGCUGUACGAGGACUUGGAGGCAUCCGAGGAGGGCAAACAAAUGACAAUAAAGUAUCCGUUCUUUAAAACGCAAAUUAACGUAUCAGUGGAGAACGAGACCGACGCGGAGAAGCGGCGCCGAAAGCACAAGAACCGCAACAAGAAGAUCAUUCGGAACGCCAACAACGAUAGCACACUGGACGGGGAACCGGUUGCGGAGCCACCGAAGAAGCGCCUGCUUCAGCCGGGCGAGCAGCAGCCGGUUCUGAUGGUGGAGGUCGAAAACGUGAAGCACGAAUCGUUCAAACACACCGAGGAGGUGAAGGCCCUCACGCAGGAGGUGAUCAAGACAAUUCGGGACAUUAUCACGAUGAAUCCGCUGUACAGAGAGAGCCUGCAGCAAAUGUUGAAUCAGAAUCAACGCGUAGUCGACAAUCCGGUCUACCUGUGCGAUCUGGGGGCGUCCCUGUCCGCGGCUGAUCCACCCGAGUUGCAGGAGAUAUUGGAGGAGAUGGAUAUCCCAAAACGCUUGAUGCUGUCGCUGUCGCUGCUCAAGAAGGAACUCGAGCUGUCCAAGCUGCAGGCCAAGAUCGGUCGCGAGGUGGAGGAGAAGGUCAAGCAGCAGCACCGCAAGUACAUCCUGCAGGAGCAGCUCAAGGUGAUCAAGAAGGAGCUGGGCAUCGAGAAGGACGACAAGGACGCGAUCGGGGAAAAGUAUCGCGAGCGCAUCAAGGACAAGGUGGUGCCGAAGGCCGUGUCGGACGUGAUCGAGGAAGAGCUGAACAAGCUGAACUUCCUGGAGAGUCACAGCUCGGAGUUCAACGUAACCCGCAACUAUCUAGACUGGUUAACGACGCUGCCGUGGGGCGUUAUGAGCGAAGAGAAUCUGGACAUUGAUCGAGCGACGGAGAUUCUGGACGCCGAUCAUUACGGCAUGGAGGACAUCAAAAAGCGCAUUCUGGAGUUUAUCGCCGUGAGUCAACUGAAGGGCACAACUCAGGGAAAGAUUUUGUGCUUCCACGGACCUCCGGGCGUGGGUAAGACCAGUAUUGCGCGGUCCAUUGCCCGGGCUCUGAACCGAGAGUACUUCCGGUUCAGCGUCGGUGGAAUGACGGACGUGGCGGAGAUCAAGGGUCACCGGAGGACGUACGUAGGCGCCAUGCCGGGCAAAUUGAUUCAAUGCUUGAAGAAGACCAAGACGGAGAAUCCGCUUGUGUUGAUCGAUGAAGUCGACAAGAUUGGAAAGGGCUACCAAGGCGAUCCCAGCUCAGCACUGCUGGAACUGCUCGAUCCCGAACAGAACGUAAACUUCCUCGAUCACUACCUGGACGUACCGGUAGAUCUGUCCAAGGUCCUGUUCAUCUGCACUGCCAACGUAAUUGAUACGAUCCCGGAGCCGCUGCGUGAUCGAAUGGAGAUGAUCGACAUGUCAGGUUACGUCGCGGAGGAGAAGGUAGCGAUCGCCAAGCAGUACCUCAUCCCCCAGGCCAAAAAGGAUUGUGGCCUCGAAGACAAGCACAUCACCAUCACCGACGAAGCGCUCUCCGUCCUGAUUCGCAGCUACUGUCGCGAGUCCGGAGUGCGAAAUCUGCAGAAACAGAUCGAGAAGAUCGUGCGCAAGGUAACUUUCAAAAUCGUUCGCAAGGAGAUCGAGUUCUCUGAGAUCACCGGCCAAAACCUGAACGAACUGCUCGGUAAACCCAUUUUCACCCACGAUCGCAUGUACGAAUCUACGCCACCCGGAGUGGUCAUGGGUCUUGCCUGGACGGCGAUGGGCGGCUCCGCCCUCUACAUUGAAACUGCCAAACGAAAACUGAUCGAAGCACCAAAGAAGGAAGCCGCCGUCUCGGACGGAUCGCUCGAACUAACGGGCCACCUGGGUGAUGUGAUGAAGGAGUCCGCCCGGAUAGCCCUCACAGUCGCGCGUAACUUUAUCCGGAAAUCCGACCAGGACAACAACUUCCUCGAGUCGAGCCACAUUCACCUGCACGUCCCCGAGGGAGCCACGCCGAAAGAUGGCCCCAGUGCCGGUGUCACGAUCGUGACCGCGCUGCUCUCCCUCGCCAAGGGAACGCCCAUCCGGCAGAAUGUGGCCAUGACCGGGGAGGUGUCGCUGAUGGGUAAGGUUUUGCCCGUUGGUGGAAUCAAGGAGAAGACGAUCGCCGCCAAGCGAAGUGGCGUAAAUUGCAUUAUUCUGCCGGAGGAAAAUAAGAAAGACUACACCGACUUGCCCAGCUUUAUUACGGACGGGUUGGAAGUGCAUUUUGUGGACCAUUACUCGGACGUGUACAAAAUUGUGUUCCCCCAGGGUCAGUGAGCGUGGCCAAGUUAGGCUAGGUUAGGCUUUUUGCAGCUUCAAUGAUAGCUGUGCUUAUAGUUUACCUUAUAUUAAAAUAUUUUACUGUUAAUUAUCGGUAGCCAUUAAAAGCGGUACAUUCACUCGAAAUAGACAUUUAUUUUGUUACA